AUGCGGAUCCGUCAGAGUCUUCUUGCGGCGGCCGCAAGCAGCGGCCUCAUUUCCGCUGCCUGCAACUCAUUCGAGAAUCUCGUCGCGUUCGGUGACAGCUACUCGGACAACGGCCGCCUCAACUAUUACAUCGCACACCAAGGCAAGCCGCCGCCUCCCGGCACUCUUUCCACCCAGACCAACGUCACGGCCAGCGGCGGCCUGACAUGGGGCCAGUAUGUCCAGCAGAGUGCACCCGGCGUCGCCUUCUUUGACUACGCCGUCGGUGGCGCCGUCUGCUCCAACGAGAUCACCCCCCGCUACUUCUCGUCCAUCAACCGCACCUUCCCUUCCGUCCUUGAAGACGAGAUUCCCUCGUUUCAGGAGGACACUGCCGGAAGUCACUCGCUGUACCAGAACCGCACCGCCGACAACACUGUGUACGCACUGUGGAUCGGCACCAACGACAUUGGCUUUGGCGCCUUUUUGAACGACGCGCAGACGGCUGGCACCAACAUUACUACCUAUGUGGACUGCGUCUUUUCCGUGCUGGACAGCAUCUAUGCCGCCGGCGGCCGCCGUAUCGUCCUCUUCAACCUCGCACCGCUGCAGCUCGUACCCACGUACCGCCCCCAGAGUGCCGGCGGCGCAGGCGACCACCAGUACUGGGGCAACAAGUCUCUGUACAACGAGACCGAGUAUGCCAACAAGAUCCUGGAGUACACCGUCAACAUCAACACCAUUUUCGACUACGGUGUGCCCUUCCACGCUCUCGUGCGCCGCCGCUGGCUUGGCGCCUCCGUGUCCAUCUACAACACCCACCAGCUCCUGACCGACAUUUACAACAACCCGUCCGAAUUCCUGGAGGCGCCGGCCAACAGCACCGGCUACUUCCACCAUUGCGAGCCCACCAACUCGCAUAACUGUACGGACGCCGCGGGCGUAAUCGAAAACUACAUGUUUUACGACGAGUUGCAUCCCUCGCCCAAGACUGACUCUGUCAUUGCGGAGAAGUUUUUGGACGUCGUGGCUGGCGUGUCCAAGUACGGCACGACGUACCAGUCGUGA